GUUUUGCUGAGAACAACAGCAGGAGAGAUAGACAUAGAAUUGUGGUCAAAAGAAGCACCAAAGGCAUGUAGAAAUUUCGUCCAGCUUUGUAUGGAAGAGUAUUACAAUAACACAAUAUUUCACAGAGUAGUUCCUGGCUUUAUAGUGCAGGGAGGUGAUCCUACUGGUACUGGAUCAGGAGGAGAGUCCGUCUAUGGAGCUCCCUUCAAGGAUGAGUUCCAUUCCCGGUUGCGAUUCAACCGCAGAGGACUUGUCGCAAUGGCAAAUGCCGGACCCCACGACAAUGGAAGUCAGUUCUUCUUCACACUGGGUCGUGCAGAUGAACUUAACAACAAGCACACAAUCUUUGGAAAGGUUACAGGGGAUACAAUAUAUAACAUGCUGCGCUUGGCUGAAGUAGAAGUGGACAAGGAAGAGAGACCUCUCAGUCCACACAAAAUAAGAAGCAGUGAGGUUUUGUUUAAUCCGUUUGAUGACAUUGUCCCAAGACCAAAUAGAAAACUGAAGAAGGACAAACCAGAAGAAGAAACUAAAAAGUCCAGAGUAAAAGGCACAAAAAACUUCAACCUGCUUUCCUUUGGGGAAGAAGCUGAAGAAGAAGAGGAAGAAAUCAGUAGAGUUAGUCAGAGCAUGAAGGGAAAAAGUAAAAGCAGUCAUGAUCUGCUGAAGGAUGAUCCACAUCUAAGCUCAGUUCCUGCUGUCAAAAGUGAAUCAGCAAGUGAAGAAAAGGAUUUGAGUGAGAUCAUCAAGUUCAACCCUACUGUCGCUAAGAGACCAUGGCACUAAGUGCCACAAUCUUGUUUUGAAAACUUCCAGGGAUGGUGA